AUGGCCCCGUCGCCGCCCCUAGCGGCCCCAUCGCCGCCUCUGCCGACUCGUCGCCGCCUCUACCGAGCAGCCCAGCAGCUGAGCCGCCCAAUAGCAGAGCCGCCGAGCCGGAGCCGCCGAGCCGCCCAGCAACCGAGCCGCCGAGCCACAAAGCCGCCCAGCAGCCGAGCCGCCGAGCCGCUUGACAGCCGAGCCGCCCAGCAGCCGAGCCACAAAGCCGCCGAGUCGCCCAGCAGCCGAGCCGCCGAGCCGCCCUGCCGUCGAGCCGCUACUGUUCCUACUGGCACGCCUCGGCCCUACUUACUCGGACUGCUGUUCCUACAGUGCGAUAGGGCAGACGGACUCUCCCUGUUCGAUCUCACCUCUGGUGCCUCCCCUGUCCCGCCUGCAACUGCUGACAGUACUGUUCGCUCACAGUGGGCCACACGCGAUGCUGCUGCCCGUCUUGCUGUGCGUCGCCACUUACCGACCACUGAGCGUGCACACUUUAGCCAGUACAAGAGUGCUCAGACCUUGUACGACGCUGUAGUUGCACGCUACUCUUCCCCUGCCACAGCUGCGCUGAGCCACCUCAUGCUACCGUACCUCUUCCCUGACCUUGCUGCCUUUCCCACAGUCGCUGACCUCAUUACGCACCUCCGCACUAGUGACACUCGCUACCGCGCUGCGCUUCCUGCUGAAGUCUGUGCAAAGAACCCCCCCCCCCCCCCCAUGUACAUCACCCUCUACUUCAUAGUCACCCGGCUCCCUGACUCCCUUCGCUUAGUCAGGGACCACUUCCUCUCAGUUUGCCCCACCACUCUCACUGUUGACCUCCUAGCAGCAGAGAAGAGCAUAGUCGCCGUAGGAGCCUCUCGUGGUGACCCUCGCACCCCCGUCUUUGAGGGGUGUUCCCCUUCCCCCCUCUUGCCCUCUGUUGCUUCUGCUGCUGCGGCCGACCUCGUUGGUUUCGAGUCGGUCGGCGCUGCGUCUGCCCCUAGCGGGAGACGCCGCACCAGCAGAGGCAAUGGGGGCAAGGGCGCUGGGGGGGCUGGCGGGGGCGGUGGAGGUGAUGAUGCCUGCUGCUUGCUUCCAUUCCUCUUGUUUGAUGAUGAGCAACAGUAG